AAUUAUUUGGGUAAUUGGGGCACACAGUUUGGUUUCAUAAGAAUGGGUGUUGAUGCCCUGAAGUAUACACCAGAAGAUAUCAAAAAAAACCCUCUCAAAUUGCUCUAUCAGUCCUAUUUAUAUGCGAACAAGUUAGCUGAAAAAGAUUCUAGCAUUUUUGAAAAAGCCAAGGCAGAAUUUGCACAUUUAGAAAAUGGAUCAGAAAAACAUCUAAAAUACUGGAGAGAGUUCAUGGACUACUCUGAAAAGGAACUAAUAAACACUUACAGUAGAUUAGGGGUUACUUUCGACGAAUAUAACUAUGAAUCAGAUUACAGUGCUAAGCAUAUUCAAGAUAUAAUUGAAGUACUACGCAAGAAAAACAUUAUCCACAAAGAUAAAGAUGGGAAAGAAGUUGCUCUUAUUGAUGAUAAAGAAGUUUCUGUUAUCAAAAGUGAUGGUUCUACUUUAUACUUGACCAGAGAUAUAGCAGCAGCUAUUGACAGAUUCAAAAAGUAUAACUUUGACAGGAUGUAUUACGUAGUAGAUAAUAGUCAAACAGAUCACUUUCAUUCAUUAAAAAAUAUCAUUUACAAAAUGGAUUUGCCUUGGGCUGAUAGGAUUCAUCAUGUCAAGUUUGGUAGGAUAAGGGGUAUGAGCACUAGGAAAGGUACUGCAGUUUUUUUGAAAGAUAUUUUGGAUGAAUGUAGAGAAAUGAUGAUCAAGAGGCAAAUUCAGUCACCAACUACUAAAGUGCCUAUCAGUGAUGGAGAAACUGCAGACAUCUUGGGAAUCUCUUGCGUUAUUGUAAAUGAUUUGAAAAGGCGAAGACAGAAGGACUACCAAUUUGAUUGGGAUAAAGUUUUACAGGUCGAUGGUGACACUGGGAUAAGACUGCAAUAUACACACUGUCGUUUAAACAGUUUAGAAAGAAAUUCUGGAGCCAUUCCAGCUAAGGAAUGUGUGCCAGAAAUUUUGAAUGAACUUGAAGCCCUGGUAUUACUGAAGGAGUUGGCAAAAUUUCACGAUAUUUUAUACAAAGCUAAUGAACAAUUAGAAGCAUAUAUAUUGGUCAAUUAUCUCUUUCGUUUAUGCAAUCAUAUCAAUAAAGCCUUCAAAAUGCUUCGAGUCAAAGGAAUGAGCCUUGAUGUUGCCUCUCAGAGAUUACUACUAUUCAACACUGCCAGAGAAGUAUUGAAAAAUGGAAUGAUUAUUUUAGGUCUGAGACCUCUCGAUGAAAUGUGAUAUUUUAAAAUGUUUUAUUAUACUCGUAGCUGACAAAAA